CUGUACCUGCUGCGCCUACCGACCGCUCUCUCGUUUCUCCACAUGCGCACAGCGGCACUACUCUCAUUCUCACUGCAGACUUUCCGUUCAGUUGCAGCCAACUGUUCACCACUGUCGCACAGGCGCCGCCAAACAAAGAUUUUUUAGGAUCAAAAUAGGCUGUCAAGCGGCUCAACGCCCAACAAUUCGCUACAUUGUAGCAAGCAGGCAGCGAGAUAAGAAGAUACAUCGAUUUGUCGUUACAGUGUAACUUUAUUUUAUCACUCGCUUCAGAACCAGUCUCGAUACAACGCCGGAACAACAAAUCUCAAACAUGAAGAAAUGUUCGGCGUGGUCGCUCUUUCUAGUGGUUUCGCUGCUAACUGUGAAAGCGCUGUCCCAGAAUUCAGAUGGCCUUGACCUGUCUGAUGCCUUGAAUGACAAUGAUGUCUCUAUAGCACCAGCAGCCACCCCCAAACCAGUAGAAGGAGCAGAUGAGAAGAUCACCCCCACCAAGGCUCCUCCUAAAGCCCCAGCCACUAAGGCCCCUUCACACAAGCCCAAGCCACAUGUGAUCCAGGCUGAUUUUGACUUUGGGCCCAGCCUUCUCCCUGGUCUGCUCCCCCUCUCCACCAAGGGUCCCCGUACCCCACCGAAGCCCCAGCCCGCCUCUGAUGAGUUUGACCUGAGUGAUGCUCUGGAUCCCAACAAUGACAUUGGAGGGAAGGACAAGAACAAGGGACAAGCAGAUAAAGGUAUUGGAGGCGGAGGCAGGGGAGACAGAGCCCCCAACAACAGAGGAGGGAACGGGGGUGGAUCUUUCUCAGACGAUGAUCUGCUUGACGUUGGGAAAGACGACACCUACAACCCUGACAAAGGCAAAGGUGGACAUGGUGGAGGCCAGUCUGCCGCUGAUGACGACAACCUUGACACCAUGGCUGAGACCGGAACCAUCGCCGGGAUCAUCAGUGCCAUUGGCUUGGCGCUGGUUGGCGCGGUCACCAGCUACGUCUCCUACCAGAAGAAGAAGUUCUGCUUCAGCAUACAGCAGAGCCUGAAUGCAGACCUGGUGAAGACUGAUAACCCAGACGCUGUGGUGGCCACAGAACCACAAGUUCAACAGACUCUUCUGGAACCCCCCAACGCUGAGCCUCCUAGUCAGGAUAACACUGUCUAAUAUGCCAACCCCCGUCCGCCCGGCCUCGUCCCCCAACCUACACACACGAAGAGGGCGUGACAACACACACUUACACGCCCUCACCUUGGGGAAUAUCCCCCCUCAACUCAUACACCAACACACACUCACCACUUUUGAAGGAUAGUGCCACCCCCGUUAUACCUUAAGAGUUGUAGAUAGAUGGUGAUCGGCAAACUCUGUCUGAAAUGUAGAGUUCCACUGGCAGCCAUGUUGACGCCACCAAGUUCCAUGUCAUUCUAGAAUCUUAAUGUCAUUCUAGAGUGGGAAUGGUAUUGUGACAUCACUAUGGUUCGCCGACCUCUGUAGACCUACCCCCACCACACUGUGUGUACAUAUCAUUUCAUUUAUUUGAACUGUUUUAAACACCACUAAUAUGCCUGUUUACAAUUUGAUUAUGAAGGAGAUGGAAGCCUAAUCCUAGAUCAGUUUUUAUUGACAAUGAUAGUCAGAGGAUUUGCUAUACUUAAGCACAUACAGAUCUAGGACCAGGCUUCCAUCUUGGUAUUUCCUGAAAGAUAGUAUGGUACAUAGUAUAACCCACAUACUUUCCCCCUAACUCUGUUAUCCAAAUAAUUAACCCCCCCAUUCCCCCCUAGUACAUAUAUCCCCCCCAUUCACCCCUAGUACAUAUAUCCCCCCCAUUAACCCCUAGUACAUAUAUACCCCCCCAUUAACCCCUAGUACAUAUAUCCCCCCCAUUAACCCCUAGUACAUAUAUCCCCCCCAUUAACCCCUAGUACAUAUAUCCCCCCCAUCCCCCUCUAGUGCAUAUAUCCCCCCCAUUCACCCCUAGUGCAUAUAUCCCCCCCAUUCACCCCUAGUACAUAUUCCACCCAUUCCCCCAUAGUACAUAUAUUUCCCCCUAGUACAUAUAUCCCCCCCAUUCCCCCCUAGUACAUAUAUCCCCCCCAUUCCCCCCUAGUACAUAUAUCCCCCCCAUUCCCCCCUAGUACAUAUAUCCCCCCCAUUCCCCCCAGUACAUAUAUUCCCCCCCAUUCCCCCCUAGUACAUAUAUUCACCCCCAUUCCCCCCUAGUACAUAUAUCCCCCCCAUUCCCCCCUAGUACAUAUAUCCCCCCCAUUCCCCCCUAGUACAUAUAUCCCCCUCAUGUGAUUUUCUACCUUCAUGUUAUUGUCCUAAAGAAACAGAGUUUUGCAGUGGUUUCUUCCGUACGUUCAUGUUUAGAAGCUGCAUUUUUAUAGCCUGGUUGUGCUUUCUUGCCAACUCCUUAUCACUCAUUGUAAUGGCAGUCGUAUGUACGGCAUGACGAUGACAGAAAUAGAAUUGAUAAGAGCACCACCAGAUCUGGGAACCAGGCGAGCACUUUUCUAGUGUUGAUUUUAGGAUGAUGUUUUCUUUUUUCUGAAGCGAUGUUCGUUUGAAGAACUCAAUUACUUCAGAGCUGCUGCAUAAAUGUCCAUGAUGUGAUUUGCAUUUGUUUUAGGAAACUGAAGAGAAUAUAAGCUCUGUUCCAAUAUCCAUACUAGCAUACUACUUAGGGAACAAACCCGUGUAUUGGGUCCUAGCAUUCUAAGUAGUGCACUAGGAUGGACAUUGGAGCACACUCAAAGGCUCUGUUCCAAUAGCCACACUAGUGUACUGCUUCGUGAAUGAUACCAGUGUAUUUGUCGUGCAUUCUAAGUCGUAUGCUAGUAUGAAUAUUGGAGUGUAGCGUUUAAGUCCACUUGUGUGCAAAACGGGAAUGUGAUGAAGAUACACAAUGUAUAAAGACUAGUUAGUAUCUGUUUUGUCUUAUUGAGAUAAUGCCUGUUCUAGAGAAAGUGAAGUAAAUGUGAAAUCGAAGCCUAGUCAAACUGAAAACUUCUUGAUAUUGAAGUAAUGUAACAGGUGCGUUCCAGACUGCCUUGCAUCAACCAAUGGAUGCGUGUCACGUCAGCGAGUGCGUAGUCGGGCAUCAGAUCGCUAUAUCAAUCCGUUGUUUAGCAGAUAUGGAACAGAAUACACACCUAUCCAGGCGCUGUGACAUCUGGCAUGCGUCUGAAAUGUAGUCAUCCUGGAACGUGCCCAGUGGUUCUGUAGAGACUGGACAUUUGUUUGACUAGACAAGGCUAUAGACUUGUGAAGUUCUUCAGAUUGAGCUAUAUGAAAUCAGAGUUAGUUCAUCUCUGUGAUUUGGAUAGUGUUUAUACUAGCUGUUGCUUGUUGUUAGGAAAGGUCGAGGUGAAUUACAUUUCAAUUCACUUUAGUUCAUUCAAGAAGCGAAUUCAAAUUCCAUGUCAAGAAUUUAGAAAAUCUUUAAAACAAAAAUAAAUGGCACAUUUCAAUUUGGUUUUGAAUUUAAAAUCACUCCUUUGAAUUGAAUGACUUGAAAUGGAAUUGGCCCCAACCCUGAUUAGGUGGAAAGUGAAGCUUGUAAAUUGCGGCGUGAGCAUAUUUGUGUUUUUACUAUUUAAUUGUUGUAUGAUCGUAUUCCUUGAUAUUACGGUGUAUCUUACCGAUCUAUACACUCGUUCCUAGGUGUGUUUUUAUUCAAAUCGUUUGCGUCCCCUUUUUUUCUAAACUACCGUUGUUUACUAGAGUGGCUUUUGUCUUAAAACUACUUAGCUGAACAUUGUUUUAGAUAUAGAAGGUUUCCAAGUGAUUUUAUUCCAGAUAACAAAACAAACCUUUUUAGGGCAGAUACUCAAAUGACACCCUGGUCCCUUUGUGGUGCACUAUUUUAUUCUAUAUAGGGAAUCGUGUGUGAUUCGGGAUGCACUCCCACUGGAACCUGCACUCUGUUCUGCUCCCUUGUUGCCUUGGAAACACAGCUCUAGAACCACUCCUCCUGUGACGUUGAGGCACUCUCCCUACCUGCGUAUACUCUCGCCUUUAACAACUGCACCAGGAUCAGUUACUAUCUUACUUAUAAUGGAUAAGAUAAAGAUUUAGGUUGGAGGAACUGUUGUUAACCCUUUGAUAAAUAAGGACAGAAUAUUCCAUCCUUUGUCAAUCGUUCUUAUUAAUUCUAAUCAUAAAGGACCGUAGCAUUCUGGGAUGGAACACUGAAAACAAUAGAACUUCCACUCUACAAAGGGUUAAUAACUGUUAACACUCCUGUCAUCCAGAUGCAGGUGCUGCAGUACUGAUGGUGCUUCUCUCUAUGCCUUAUAACCUGCUGCCUCCCGCAAUACUAAACACACAGAACUAGAACCAAUAGAAUGGAAUGUUCAAUGAGUAGAAUUCAGAUUCUAUUAGUCCAUUUCUCAGUGUUCUACACAUGAAACAGUGUGGGAACCACCAACCAAAUUGCAGUGGUUUGAGGGCCUGUUUCCAUUCUAUACGUUGUCUUUCUAUGUCUAAAAAACACCUCCCAUGACAGAGCUGUGCUUACACAAAAAAAACUAUGAAUGUUAAACGAAUGUACUCUUUCUCUAAAUCAGUUGCGAUAGCGAUCGCUCGUAGCAAAUGUUCUUAAAACCCACCAAAGAUGUGUAGCAUUGAUGAUUUUAAGAUUGGACAAUAUUGCACCUUGGUGUUGUGCUUUGGGUUGAAUGUUUCACUCAUUGACUGGCACUAAACAGAGUAGAGGAAGACACCCCUUCAAAAAAAAAAUAUAAGAUUGCACGUGUGGUAGUUUGACACGAACAAAAAUAAUGAAAACGCAUAAGUGAAGCCCUUGAAUCCGGACCAAUUGAAUGCUUACAAGUGUCUUCCUGUACGCUAGUAACAUCAAAUAAAAAGUACAUAGAAAUUCCUUCCAAAUAUUCACUUUUUUAAACACGGAUUCAGACUGUUAGAACUAAGAAUCCCCCAACCCUUAGAGACAAAGCUUGGUAGAAAUUAGACCAUUUGAAGAGCACAGAGUUGUGAGUGAGACUUGCCUGUGUGAUGAGUACCAUCUUCUAGCACUGUGGUGUACUAUGAUAUUAAGGUGCCUCUUGGAUGCAGUAUGGAUCAUUUGCCUGAUUUGAAAAUUUGUGUUUUGAAGAUGUAAAAAACAUGUUUAUAAAGUACAAGUCAGUGAACUAGGAGUUGCUGCCUGCCCAGUAGUUUGCAGUCUUAAGGCUUUGAGGUUGCCCUUUUGUUUAUAUGGUUUACGGUAACAGACAUAUCAGCAGUUGGAUCCCAUUAAAUCUUGGGUGCUCCUCUACUACACACGACGGUAACGGGCUAGACCAGAACUGUACAGAAAUAAAACGCAUGUUUUUGGAUAUUUAGCUGUAGUCUUUGGAAGUUUUCCUCAUUGGGUUAUCAUUGGGAUGGCCUGGGUGCCAGUCUAUUUCUGCUCUCUUGCCAACUCCUUACGGUUUGAAAAUGACAGCAAUGGAGUUGGCAAGUAACAAGAACACAAACAGAUGUGGGGCUGGAGUGUAGUUGGACCAGAAGUAGUGGUUGGUGAAUGUGAGGGUAUUUAUACACUGCCAAUAAAGUCUAAGAUAAGAAAAUUAAGUAUUGGACUUAUGUCAAGAGAAACCAGGAAGGAAGUAUAAGAGCCGAUAAGUUCCAAUCCAGCUCUAGUCCCUGCUGGCUCUGUUCAAAAGUAGUGCACUAGUAUCUAGGGAAUAUGCUGUUAUUUCAGACACUUCAAUUCUGUGCAGAUAUACUUCCCCUAAGAUACUUUGACAUCAAUGUCCCAUCCUUCUUAAUCCCGUUCUAGUGUGAAGUCAUCCAGUCAAAACACUAGCGUCACUCCAACCCCACUGACCAGUUAGAACACAGGGCUCUUAUGACAUCACAAUGUACACUAUGUAUUCCGACUGUAUUCACUUCAGAUAUGUAAACAGAAUGGCCUUCUGCAUGCACGGAAUCCACGCCUGAUUCACUAGUGCCUGUCAAUUGACACACACACAAUUUUACAUGUAUGCAUAUACACAUACUUAUGCACGCAAACACACAGUUAACGAAGGGCCACUGGCAACUUGGACAAAUUCUUAUAAUACUAAACAGAAAUGUAAUGACAUAGAUUAUUCCUAUUGAAGCUUCCUAUACUGCUGCAGUUCUAUACAUCACUGCUGUCUCGCUCACUGGCAAAUACAUUGUGGAACGACGACAUUCAUACGAUCAAUCAAUGAAACCCAAUAAAAUUUUAAAAGAAA